CAACCUCGACCACUCGGCGGACGGAGAACUCAGAGAAUACAAUAAUCGUGAGAUGAUGAGUUCGGGAUCACUCGACUGCCUCAAAAUGUGCGCGAUCAUGGUAUAACUUCGCAAAGUACGUUUUUCGGGUUUAUGGAUCAUGCUGCAGGCCCUCGCCUGCGCUGUGGGCAUUGCUCUCGCAUUUCUAGUCGUGAUCUACGUAGGAAUCGACGGACGGCAACGCAACGAGCCCUCGGUCGCAAAACUCCGAUGCGUGCGAGUGCUUCUAUUGAGUCUCAUCACUCCUGUGUUCGUGUACUUCGUUCACGACGCUUCCUUCUAUUCGGUCUCGUUCCGGGAGCUCCUCGGGAUCCGUGCCGAUGGCUUGUUGCCAGCGAGCGUAUUGCCUCUGGCCCUCACGAUGCUGUUCUACCUCGCCCCCAUCGUCACUCAUUUCGUUCUCGACCGCUAUUACACGCUGCUGAUUGAGCCCCACUUCUGGAAAGAGAGCUUGACGGACCCCCUCUGGGUUCGGGACCACAUCUGUGCUCCAUUCGUCGAAGAAGUCUGCUUCCGAGCGUGUCUAUUGCCUCUACUCUAUCCGCAUUUCGGUGGAUUGGGCUCAGCGAUAGUAGGCCCGGUGCUGUUCGGAUUAUGUCAUUUGCACCACGUUGUCGAACGCGUUCCGCGUUUCGGCCUCCUGAACGCUGUGAAAGUGACAGCGUCCCAGUUACUUGUUACGACAUUGUUCGGUAUCUACACAUCGUUCCUGUUUUUGAGGACUGGUCAUAUACUGCCGUGCAUUCUCGUUCACGCUUUCUGUAACUAUAUGGGUGUGCCACAACUGCCGGCGGCCGAGAGAUCCUGGCUGUGGCUGCUCUACGCGUUCGGAAUCGCCGGUUGGUGUUUCCUACUGAGGCCACUCACUGAUCCAGACCUCUACUCGAACUCGAUAUUUAUUAAUUGAGAGUGCCCGAACCGUCUACCAGCAGAGGGAAGAUGAGUUCGUUAAUCAAUUUGAGCUUGCUGCCGAGUGUAUAUUUCAAUGUGUGAGAGCCCGAGUAAUUUAUUAUUGUUGUUGUAUGGAAGAUCGAGUGAUCGCUCAUGGCAAUCCAUGGUAGUCCAAGAAGAGAGAU